GCGUGGCCUGCAGAGGCCGGGCUGCUCCUUGUGUGUGCGCAGCAGCACGUCUUCUUCCUGCGCUCUUCGCGGACCUCAAAGAAGACUUCCGUCCGCGCGGACGUGCACGCGCAUAGCUCCACUGAGGGGGUCAACCCCCACCUGCACCGUCCUGGCCACUUCCUGUCAGCUGACGGCGACGCCCACUAUGACCCGCUGAAGCCCGCCUCCUCUGCUGCAAAAUGUCAGGCGGGCGGCCAACAUGGACGCUGACCUGGCUGCUGCUGCUGCUGCUGGUUUCCUGCUGGCCCUGCCAGGACUCUUUCCCUGCCGACCUGCAGCCCAUCAGCCUGGUGGAGCGGGAGCAGUCGCGUCACUACGCCGCCUUCAGCGCAGCACUGGACAACCACACGCUACUCGCUACUCUGGACUUCCAGGGCAUGUUGCGUGUCAACCACCUGCUCUUCAUCACCGCCAGGGAUCAGGUGUUUGCAGUCAACUUGAGCACAGCAGCAGAGAACUUCAUCCCUCAGCUGACGCUGACGUGGCGUUCCAAAGAUGUCAGCAAGUGUGCGGUCCGGGGAAAGAACAGCGACGAAUGUUUCAACUACGUCAAAGUCCUGGUGCCACGAGACGACGAGACCCUGUUUGCCUGCGGGACCAACGCCUUCAACCCCACCUGUCGGAACUACAAGAUGACCACGCUGGAGCAGGUGGGGCCGGACCUGGUGGGCCAGGCUCGUUGUCCUUUCGAGUCGGGACAGUCCAUCGCGGGACUGUUUGCCGGCGGAGACUUCUACUCGGCCACCAUGACCGACUUCCUUGCCAGUGACGCCGUGAUCUACCGGAGCCUCGGAGACGGGCGGCCCGUCCUGAGGACUGUCAAGUACGACUCCAAGUGGCUCCGAGAGCCACACUUUCUGCACGCCGUGGACUACGGAAGCUACGUCUACUUCUUCCUGCGUGAGAUAGCAGUGGAGUACACCGCCUUGGGGAAGGUUGUGUUUUCUCGGGUGGCGCGAGUGUGUAAGAAUGAUAACGGCGGCUCCCCAAGAGUUCUGGACAAGUACUGGACUUCCUUUCUGAAGGCCCGUCUGAACUGUUCGGUUCCGGGAGAUUCUUUCUUCUAUUUUGACGUGCUGCAGUCACUCACCAAUGUGCUGCAGAUCAACGGCAGGCCCGCCGUGGUCGGUGUCUUCACCACGCAGGCCAACAGCAUCCCCGGCUCUGCAGUUUGUGCGUUCUACAUGGAUGACAUUGAGAAGGUGUUCAACGGAAGGUUCAAAGAGCAGCGGAACAGCGACUCAUCGUGGACUCCGGUACCUGAUGAGCAGGUUCCCAAACCCAGACCCGGGUCGUGUGCGGGCGAUGGCCCGGCCGCCGACUUCAAGUCUUCCGUUCAGUUCCCGGACGAGACGCUGAUGUUUAUCAAGUCGCACCCUCUGAUGGACGAAGCUGUUCCCUCCGUCAACCACCGGCCUUUUUUCACCAGGACGUCCGACAGGUCCAAGCUGACCCAGAUUGUGGUGGACGUGGCAGCUGGCCCCAACAAGGAUUGGACCGUCAUGUUCCUAGGCUCGGACGAGGGGAGAGUCCUGAAGGUUUUGACCGGCAUACUUCCCAAUGACACUAUCGGAUCCAAACUUCUGGAGGACAUAGACGCCUAUGAUCCAUCUAGGUGUGAUAUUCAGGACCGGCAAGACAGGAAGGUUCUGGGCCUGGAGCUGGACAAGGACCAUCACGCCUUGUUCGUGGCAUUCAGCAGCUGUGUCAUCCGAGUGCCGCUCAGCCGCUGCGGCAGACAUGGUGCCUGCAAAAAGGCAUGUUUGGCCUCUCAAGACCCGUACUGCAUCUGGCUGCGCACGGGGAGCUGCACUAACAUGGCGCCAGGUUUCAAGGCGGGGUUCGAACAAGACAUCGGGGGCGACCACUCGACUGCUGCCGGCUGUAACGCUGACGACUUGGAGAACUCCCGUGACCAGGAGUCACCCGCCGACUCUGCAUACGGGGUCCAGGGUCUUCCUGACGUGGACCAGCACUCAGCCGCUCACGUGCAUUACACGCUGCUCCUCGCCUGCGUGCUGCUCGCCUUCUUCCUGGGCGCCAUCUUGUCUGCCUUCCUGGCGUCGUGCUACUGCGACCGCAGCUCCGACCACCGCAAGAGGAAGUUGUCCAAGGACCCUGAAGUGGCGCUGCCACCUGCCCUGUCUCUGCGCUCUCUCGCCAAGCUCAACGGCCUCCUGGACGGACAGCCCGAGGACGAGAAGACAGACAUAUCCACCUGUCCAAAGGUGUAUCCCUCUUUCAUCCCCAGCGCAGGCACAGAGACGCACAUUUUCAGUGCUGCGCACCAGAACCUUCCUCUGGGAGAAGCUCAACUCAGCCUUUGCCAGGUACCGCCCACUACCUUGUUCGCCAUAAGUACUGGGAUGCACCAACUUCAAAAAUCAUUUAUGAACAUCCAGCCAUCUAUCCAUCUUCUUCCGCUUAUCGUCCAGCUCUUCCCAGGGGAUCCCGAGGCGUUCCCAUACCAGCCGGGAGUCAUAGUCUUCCCAAUGUGUCCCGGGUCUUCCCCGUGGCCUCCUACCGGUUGGACGUGCCCUAAACACCUCCCUAGGGAGGCGUUCGGGUGGCAUCCUGACCAGAUGCCCGAGCCACCUCAUCUGGAGCAGCGGCUUUACUUUGAGUUCCUCCCGGAUGGCAGAGCUUCUCACCCUAUCUCUAAGGGAGAGACCCGCCAGCCGGCGGAGGAAACUCAUUUAGGCCGCUUGUACCCGUGAUCUUAUCCCUUCGGUCAUAACCCAAAGCUCAUGACCAUAGGUGAGGACA